AAACGGCUAAUCUUUAUUGCGCGGAGCAGAGUUGUUCAGCAGAGGAGUUUAAAUAAAGAAACGGAUCGUUUGAAUUAUUCAAGGAGAGCAGAACAUUCUGCCCCUCCAGACCAUCAGACAAAAUGAUGGAGCUACCCAACUACAGCAGCCAGCUGAUGCAGCAGCUGUGGGCGCUGAGGAAAGAAGGACACUUCUGUGACUGCACCAUCCUGGUGGGAGACAGCCCUCACCGCGCACAUAAACUGGUACUGGCCGCCUCCAGCAUGCUCUUCAGGUCUCUCCUGGAUGGCUCCGACACCAUCUCCAUCGACACGACCAUGGUUUCCUCGCAGGAGUUUGGCUGUCUGCUGGACAUGGUCUACACUGGCAAGCUGCCUCUCGGCAAACACAAUGUCAGCCGCAUUGUCGCCGCUGCAGACAGCCUGCAGAUGUUCGACGUGGCUGUCGGAUUCAAAAACGUCCUCACCAGCCUUGUGAACCAGCAACCUGCAGUCCCAGUCCUUUCUACACAGACUCCGAGUCUCACAGUGAUCAACAAAGCACAGAGUACAAACCCUGAAGGUUCAGUUUCACCAAACAGGGACAACUUGACUUCAGACAAAAUGGAGCUUAAGCCUGAGCUGGAGAAGGAAGACAGUCAAAAUGGGUGUAAAGACGCAGAGGAACCAGCAUGUAAAAGAACCUGUGUGGAGCUCUCUCAGUCCUCAGAGCCUGAAGAGUCCCAAUCCUCAGAGAGGGUAGUGGAAGAGAACAAUACAACGGCAGCCGAGGUAUCGAAUGGGCCUGUGUCAGCGGCUGGUCUUCUGGAACAUUCCUCUCAGCUUGUGGAGCUCCUCGCCAACAUGUCAUCUGUCCUGGAGCUGUUGAGCCAGGCAGCACAGAAACACCUGGAUGAACAGGAGAGACAGAUUGUGUGUCAGUGCUGUGAGGAGGCAGAUCCUAGCUCAGCACUGAAGAACCUGAUGAGCAGAGUGAAGGAGGGGCAGCUCAGCGAGGAAGCACUUCUCAAUCUGCUCCGGACUGUUGAACAGAAAGCUCCUAACUCCUUCCCUACACCACUGCUCUCUUUGGUGGAAGAGGUGGAGAAGAACACACAGGAGCCAGAAAGAGACCAAACUGAAGUUGACUCAGAAAAGCAGGACAGUAGCGGAAGUGAAGAAAAGCAGGAGGAAGAGGAAGAGGAAGAAACCAUUAAGGAGGAGACUGAAGAGGACGACAAAGUCAAAACUGCUACGACAGACUCUUCCUCCCCUUCCAAGCCUUACUCCUGUCGCUGGUGUAAGAGGGGUUUUGCCUACAAGUGUCGAAUGCUGGCCCACAUAAAGCGCUGCCCCAUGUCCCAGGAGUGUGAGCAGCAGUGCCCGGAGUGCCCGGAGAAGCUGGCCAACCAGCGAGCCCUGCAGCGGCAUCGGGCCGAGGCUCACCGCAACACCACGCGAGUGAAGAAGAAGGUGGCCUGUGACCUCUGUGGGCGAACCUUUGCUCACCCAUCAGGCAUGAUUUACCACAAGCGCACAGAGCACUUUGAAGAGAAACCGUUUGCUUGCGAGGACUGUGGCGCAAAGUUCGGCGCCAACUCGUCUCUGAAGAACCACAUGAGGCUGCACACGGGAGAGAAACCUUACCACUGCAAACACUGCGACAUGAGCUUCAGCGUGGCCGCUGCGCUUGCAUACCACACCAAGAAGAAACACUCUGAGGGAAAGAUGUAUGUGUGUCAGUAUUGUAAGGCCGUCUUCGCCCAGUCCAUUGAACUGACCCGUCACGUGCGAACACACACUGGUGAUCGGCCUUAUGUGUGCCGAGAAUGUGGCAAAGGUUACAGCCAAGCCAGCGGACUCACCGUCCACCUGCACACCUUCCACAAUUUGUCGGAGCCUCAUGACUGUCAGAAGUGUUGUCUCAGCUUCGCCUCGUUGGAGGAGCAUCGCCAGCACAUCCAGGAGUUUCACCCAAAAGAGUUCCACAAAUGUCCCACCUGUAAUAAGGUGUUCACCAGCGCCGCCCUGCUGGAAAAACACAAGGGCACACACACUGGAAGCAAGCCCUUCAGCUGCGACCUCUGCAACAAAUCUUACCAGCAACUGUCAGGCUUGUGGUACCACAACAGAACCAACCACCCUGAUGUGUUUGCUAACCACACACGGCAGCUCAAGACCCUGGUUCAGUGUGACGUCUGCUUUAAGUUCUUUCCCAGCGCUGCCACUGUGGCCAAACACCAGGCUGCUGAGCACCAAGGCUCAGCAGCGUCCGCGUUGCAUUGUCCGUACUGCCCGGCUGUGCUGGGUGGGGAGGAGGAGAUGCAGGAGCACGUCAGCAGCCAGCACGUCAGCCAGAGCAGUGAGGGGUUCAGCUGCCCCCUCUGCUCCCUGGUCUGCUCCUCCCAGCUGGAGCUGCAGGAGCACCUGCUCGCCUGCCACGUGGAUGCCCAGGAGGAGCAGGAGGUCAGAGAGGAGCAGGCCUCCACCUCCCACACAGUGAUUGCAGCAGAUCCAACAGGCAGUGAGGAGGCGGAGUCAGUGAUCUCUGAGGAGCAGGCACAGCUGGCAGCUGCCCAGCAGGUGUUUGUGGCUCUGUCAGGUGGACGAGAGGGUGUAUCAUCAGCGGAGGUGGUGGAGGUCAACAUGUAUGACCUUCUGAACAGCUCAGUCACCUUCAUCUGUGAGGACAAACCUCCAGGUCCUGACUCCUAACCACAAACUUUGAACCCUUGACGAUCACUCUAGACACUGAGCAGUUUUACUGUCUCCUUUGAUCAUGGACACAGCUACAACACAGGCUAAACUGACAUCAUCCACAAGCUAAGGACUUUUUGUGGUGUGGGUUCAUAUUUAGUCACCAAAAUCUUUUCUGUGGUAGAGCUGUUUUGAUGUUUUAAUUAAAUGUGGUGAUAAAAUGUGUUUCAUUUUAGUUUAUAUGCAGAAACCCAGGUUGGUCUGUAAGGGUCGUGCCCAAAGAGCACAGGAAGUUGCUGACCUCCCUCAGGCUGCCUCGUCUAUCUCUCCUUCAGUUACUAUACUUACCACACAAUGACCCCCUGGAUACAGACUGUGCACAUUCAAUUGAAGGUGAUGGUUUGGAGUGUGAAAGUUCUUGACCUUGGAAAAAAGUUGUCAUGGACAAAAUGUUUACCAGCUUUUUGUUGAGCUUUUAUCCGAAAUUCUGCAAAGUGUUCACUGAGUAAGACAAUGAACACACGUUCAAAGUGAUGGUUUGAAAGUGUGUUCAUUGAAGGAUAAGGUUUGCUGCAUUCUGUAUUUCUCAUAUAGUCAACAAAUCGGGUGUUUAGUGCUGCCGGAGCACACCAAAACGACGCUUCACCAUUGUUUGGCACCCUAUCCCUCCCUACUCCUCUCACUCAAUACUGGACUAGUUUCAAAAAUUGUUGUACCUAUUAGUCACUUAGAUACAGACAUGUGGGAAAACAGGGUCCAGGUUGAAAAAUACCAACGUUACCCUUGAAAAGUUGCUGGCACUAGCCUUUGAGCAGCACACUGAAUUAAAUUAUGUUUCUCAGUCUUUAAUUGGCAACUAUUAACCAGUUAAGACAAAAAGGCAACAAAACAUCCUUUCAUUUUAUAGUUAUAGAUGACUUAUGUAUAUGAACUUGCCAGUACAGGAACAGGUUACAUAACCUUCGAAACGAGCUACAACUUUGUCUUGCAUGUGCACACAUGUCAUAGGUGUGCUAUGGUAUUUAAACAAAUAGCACUGCGCCCCUGCAACAAAUCCCAUGAAAAGACCAACAAAGUGUCUGUAUCUCUGACUUCACAAACAGCAGGAAACAGUUAAUUUGUCAGUGACUAUUUCCAGCUGUGGAUUUAUCCACAUUUGCUACUCGAAUAGUGCAGUGUUUCUCAAAUGGGGUUUGCACACCCUAGGGGUACUUUGGAGAAUGUUUUGUUUUUAAAUGUUUAUUUAAAAAAUAUCAGUCAUGCAUAAUUCCUAAAAUAAUAUCACUACAUUGUAAGUGCAACUUAUCAAAAAAAUGCAGUUUAAUGCAACAACAAUGCUGUCUUAGUGUAACUGCAUGAUGACAAUAACCUGCUUUGCUAUGAAUGUAAGUGACAGAUUUGAGCUGAGGUAUUUCAGUGUUUUUCACUUACAAGGUUGUUGUUUAGUAAAUCAGAUGCUGAUGGCACAGCCCUGUGUUGUACCUCUUCAUAUAGGCUUUUUUUUCCUACCAAAAAUGUUUAGCACUGGUCACUUAAAAAAAUAUAUUUUAAGGGGGGUACAUUACUGAAAAAAAUUCAACAAUCACUGUUCUACUGAGUAUUUUUGUGCAACAAGGCAGUGUAUGUGGGACUGAGUCAAAAUAAACGACAGUGUGCGUGUUCAUGGUAA